CUGAGAAAAAGAGGUCAAGAGAACAAGGACUCAUGGAUACAGACAUCACCCAAGUGGAAUCAAAAGAAGCCCUGCAGAACUUGAGGCCAAGAAAAUGGAGAACCAACAGAAACCAAAAGAAGAAAGGUGUCAACAGGGAGGGAAAGGGAGUGGACUCCUCAAGCAGAACAGCCCUGUCUGAGCUGGAACAAGAAAUUGCGGUGGUGGAAGCCCUGUCCGAUAAGCUGAAAAAACUGAACAAAGCAUACGAACCCGAGUUCAUUUCCCUCACUCACAUUGCAGAGGGAAAGGCCCCCCAAGUACUUGGACAGGCCCACUCUGCAAAGUUGACUUUGAUGAGCACUAGACCACUAGUUGCAGCAAGAUACAUGGAAAGGAAAAAGGAGUGGCAGGUAGCCACAAAUGUGGCUUUCACAAUCCCUAGGAUUGAAGGAGGCCAAAAUGUGGCCACCAUUCUGCAAGAAAAGAUCACAACGGUUUACCCAUUGGGGAUAUUUGAAAUUGAGUCCCAGAUGGCUCAGCAGGAGGAGGUGCUGGUCUUGGAACCACAAGAGGAACAUCUUGACACAGAAGAGCAGCAAGGCCACAACGAGUCCCACGAGGAUCGGGCAGACCCCAGAUCCCCGAGGUCAUUCACUCCUAUCAUAGCCAAGAUGCCUGAAGACACAACACUCAAGGUAGGGAUGAGAUGGCGGCCAUGGAGCACAGUGAUGGCCAUCCCCUACAGCGUGUUGUCAGGGAUGGGCAUCCCAACAGAGCUUCAAGCUGCCACUUUAGCAGAGCUGAUCGACAAUGGCACCUUCGAUGGAGAUGGUGACCUGGGGUCAAAAGCAUGGGCAGUGGAUAUGAACAAAUUAUACAAAGACGUCUACUCCUCAAAGGAUAAAAUGGAGGAUGACCCAGAGGGAUGGAACAUGGAGAAGGGUGAGGAACAAUCGGAUACACCCAUAGAUGAGGAGACUAGUGACAAUUUAGGGGAAUACAAGAUAGAUGACCCAAAGGCCUCGACCCAACCCGACAAACCGGGAGACUCAGUUGAGUCUAUGGAGACGGGGGGUUCGGGCGUCUCUAAGAGUAGUGAGCUCCAAUAUGCUUGGGUCCACCUAACCUGACUGUCCAUGGAGGAGAUAAGAAAAACAGCAAAUGAAACAGGAGGUAAAGC